GUAGCAUUUGUACGGUUUCGCAACAGUGCUGGCUCGUCUCGCGAUUAGGACACCCGUCUCAAUUAUUAAUAUAUUUAUAUUAAGUACAUAUAAAUUCAAUAAAUAGUUUUACUUCACUUUCUGCGCUUCGUUGAGGAACUGGAAAUUAACAAUUAAAUAAGAUCCUCAGCUGUUGGAUGCUUUUAAACUGGAAAUGUCGUACGGAAUCGAGCGAUUUUUUCUAUUGUCAUAUUGUUUGGCGUGCUGUUGGCCCGGUCUCGGAGCGAAGAAUAAUCUUCGCGUGGUGAGGCAAUGGGCGGAACUGGAGUUCGUGUUUCCGAACGAAGAAGCCCGGUCAUAUGCAUUAGAGAAACGAUUUUACGUACCAGGGUCCUCGGUGCCGAUUGAUGUCGACGUGCAACAUAGAUCAGGUAAAAAAUCGCGGAUAUUUGUGACAAUACCUCGUUUUGACGAAGGACGUCCUGUGACAUUUGGAACUGUAGACGACGAGGGACGUAUCGUUGCCUAUCCGGAUUAUUCUUGGCACGAAAACCAGGGGCAAAACUGCGGAGGACUAACUUCUGUGUUUAGAGUUGCGAUUGAUGAAUGCAAUCGUCUCUGGAUAAUGGACGCAGGCAAGAUUGGAGAUACACAAUAUUGUCCACCUCAGGUCUUAGCGUUUGACCUGGCCACAGAUCGACUUGUGUAUAGGCAUGUCGUCAACAUAUCAAGUUACACUUCACCCUCUUUAUUUAUUACACCCGUGGUCGAUGUAAGACCUGAGUUCCCGGGAGAUUGCGCUAACACAUUCGUAUACGUCGCCGACGUGUCUGGGUUUGGACUACUAGUCUUAGAUGUGGCUAACGAUCGCUCAUGGAGGGUGACCAACAAAUAUUUCUUCCCCUAUCCUUCUCGAGGCACAUUUACUAUUGACGGAGAAUCUUUUGAUCUGAUGGAUGGAGUUCUUGGUAUGGCUCUGUCUCCAUAUCGAACAGGACGUGACCGUUUUCUCUACUUCCAUUCUCUAGCGUCUACAACAGAAAACGUAGUUAAAACUGAAGUGAUAAGAAAUAAUUCGUACCUUGUUGACCCUACAGUUGAUCCACAAGCUAUCGCCGAAUUUCCGGAAGAGCGUACUUCGCAAUCAGCAGCGGAAGCUAUGGACCGAAACGGCAUUAUGUACUUUGGGCUCAUGAACCCUCCCAGUAUCUGGUGCUGGAAUUCAGCAACGGAAUUUUCUCCCAGGAACUUUUACAAGAUCGCUGUUGACAAAGAAACCCUGCAAUUUGCUAGUGGGCUAAAAGUGGUGAAUAAUAUCAAAGGGGAGCAAGAAUUGUGGAUUCUCACGUCCAGUUUUCAACGAGUAAUGACAGGCUCCAUUUCCUCCGACAGAGUUAAUUUUAGGAUCCAUGCUGAAAAGGUUCCCACUGUCCUUGCCGAUUCUCCCUGCAAUAAUCCCCCAAAGGAUCGGCACCCUGGUUACCAUGCAAAUAUUAUCGUUCGCAAUGGUCACAUUCGUGGUACCUACAGGUAUGGCGCUGUAUCAUUUCUGAAGAAAUAACUAUCUUGUCUGAAGAAUUGCUCAGGAGGUUUCAGUGGCACUAAUACGGCCAUCGUUUAAAUAUUUAUAACCACUGCGUAAUUUAUGAACUAAGUUAUUGUUUUAUUUUGUACCAUUUUGAAUACGAUAAUAUUAAACAGACUGUUUCAGAAUAUCAGUGUA